GAAACCCAACGCCGUGUAUGUUCAACUUUUGGUAAAGCGAAGCCGAUAGCAGUCUCUUCCGUUUCCACCUCGCUCCGAAACAAAAGAAAGGUCAAGAUAUUUUCUGAAAUCAAAGGAUAAAUAAAAAGAAAAGGAAAGUGAGAUCUUCUGGUAAAUCUUGAAAGCUCCAUCUCUCCCCAACGAACUCCUACUGUUGUUGUUGUUGUUUGUUCGGAAGUAGGAGGCGACAAUGGCCGGGUAUAGGGCGGAUGAUGACUACGAUUACCUCUUCAAGGUGGUCCUAAUCGGCGAUUCCGGUGUUGGCAAGUCCAACCUGCUUUCCAGGUUUACUCGCAACGAGUUCAGCCUCGAGUCCAAGUCCACAAUCGGUGUUGAGUUCGCUACUCGCAGCUUGAACGUUGAUGGCAAGGUUAUCAAGGCCCAGAUUUGGGACACUGCUGGUCAAGAAAGGUACCGUGCCAUAACCAGUGCUUAUUAUCGAGGAGCUGUUGGCGCACUGCUUGUCUAUGAUGUUACUCGGCACUCCACAUUUGAGAAUGUUGAGAGAUGGUUAAGGGAGCUGAGGGAUCACACAGAUCCCAACAUUGUGGUCAUGCUCAUUGGUAAUAAAUCAGAUCUUCGUCAUCUAGUUGCCGUCUCAACCGAGGAUGGAAAAUCUUUUGCUGAGAGAGAGUCUCUCUACUUCAUGGAAACUUCUGCUCUGGAAGCAACUAAUGUGGACAGUGCAUUUGCUGAACUGCUUACUCAGAUAUACCGUAUCGUAAGCAAGAAGGCAAUGGAGAGUGGUGAAGAUGGAGCUGCUGCAGCUGUUCCAUCGAAAGGAGAGAAAAUAGACGUUAGUAAAGAUGUUUCUGCAAUGAAGAAAGGAGGGUGCUGCUCGAGCUAGAAUUCUAGUCUAAAUUUGAUUCUUCAUGAGAUGUUGGGUGGUUUGUCUUGUUGUAACCCUUCCUAUGUACCCCGUUGUUGUGUAAAAUCUUCUCAAAUAUGCCUACAGUAGGAGAUUGGCCAUGAUUGAUCACUUUUUUACUUUCAAAUGUUCUGUUAAAACUGUUGAUUUAGACCAACAGAGAGGUUGACCAGGAAUGCGAUGUUACACUAUUGCCUUCAA